AUGAAGACGCUUAAUUGUUACAUGCUUUUGUUUUGCUGGAAAGCAAUUUGUUGCAAUAGCUGUCAGCUCACUAAUAUUACUAUAGCAGUGGAAAGAGAAGAAUGUGAAUUCUGUAUUACAGUGAAUGCUACAUGGUGCUCAGGAUACUGCUUCACAAGGGAUCCAGUAUAUAAAUACCCUCCAGUCUCAUCUGUCCAGCAAACAUGUACUUUCAAGGAGGUUGUGUAUGAAACAGUGAAGAUUCCUGGCUGUGGCGACCAUCCUGAAUCAUUUUAUUCUUACCCAGUAGCUACAGAGUGCCACUGUGAGACCUGUGACACUGACAGCACCGACUGCACUGUGAGGGGACUGGGGCCAUCCUACUGUUCCUUCAGUCAGAAUGGAAGCAACCAGUGA